UAAUAUAGACGUAUAUUUGCUGCCAGCUUCCCUAUCGCCAACGAGGCCCAUUAAAAGCAUAUUUGUGGAGAAUGAGCCGAAAGGUUCGCUGGGGAGAUACGCUAGAUGACGAGGACUUGCUGCCUCCGACAAUUACAAAAGGUCCAGACGACAACGGAAUUAAGACUGUGAUUGAGUAUUACAAAAAUGACAAGGGCGAUGCUUUCAAGAAGACGACCAAGUUUAAGGUGGUGACGGUGGAGAAGAAAGUGUACAAGGUAACCGAGGAACGGCGAAAGUGGCCCCGGUUUGGGUUGGCAGCACGGGAGACGCCACAGGAUUCGGUCACAGUCCAAGCGGUGGAGGAGAUCACCUUCGAGCGCGUGCGGCAGAUCAAAGCAACCACGCAGGAGAAGAAAGCGACGGAUAUUCAGCAAGUUCUGGCGUCAGCUGACAAGACAGUCAUCUCCGGCAGUCUCAAGGAGAUUCUGUACAAGAAGCGCAUGGAGCGUGAGCUGCUACGUGUGAAGGGAAUGAUGAAGGAGGCGGAGAAACCACCGGAGGAGGACGGCAAGCCCAGCGGUCCGGGCCUGGGCGGACCGAAGCCUGGGAGCUACGUACCGCCAAACGUCCGCAACCGAGGCCCCGGGGACGGCGAGAGCAUGCAAAGGAAGCGCGAGGACAACUCUAUCAGGGUCACGAACCUGUCAGAGGAUGUGACAGAAGGCGACUUGCAGGAGCUGUUCCGGCCUUUCGGGGCUGUAUCUCGCAUCUUCCUUGCUGUCGACAAACUCACCGGAGAGAACAGGGGCUUUGCAUUCGUCAACUACGUGCAUAGCGUUCCCGGUGGGAUACCGGACGAUGAGAACGUUUUUGUAGUCCGGUUGACCGGGGAAGUGUUCACUGAUUACGAUGCGUAUUUGGAGCAGCUUGCGCACUACAGGGCGGCCAAAUGGACCUGUUCUGUCACAGGACGGGGCGGGCUCACUUUUGAGCAGGCAUUGCUGUCAGAGCAGGAGGCCAACCAGUUGCUUCAGCAGUGGUCUCCCGUGGAAGGCAGGCGGCAGGCGGCCAUACGUGGCAUGGACGCCAUGGCCGCAGCCAUGCUGGACGACAGUCCCCCUAGCGGCAAAGGUGGAGCCCCUGUGCGCGCCAAGAAGAAAAAGGCACCCGCCAAGUCAUACGAGGAGGAGGAGCGGGCUAAACCCGGCACCACCAAGCACGCGGCGCUGCAGGUGCUGAAGAACUGCUGCCCCUAUGAGGGCCUUACGGUGGAGCAGGUCAUUAAGCUGUCUAUGGACCAGGGCAUUAAGACGGACUGGCCGCCAGGGGGAAAGCGGAACCUGUACCACGUGAUGCACACCGACUCGGCCUUCCUGCGGGUCAGUCGCAACACUUACGUGCUCGCCUCGCUCUAUCCGGACCGGGAUGAGUGGAUUGAGGAGGUGAAGGACAAGACCGAGGGCCGCGUCAAGAAGCCCACUAAGAAGGAGCUGGAGGCAGGACUGGGCUUGCUGGACGGGGGCGAAUCCGAGCCCCUGGCGAUGGUGCCCGUCUCCGCGCCUAUUGGCGUUGCGGCCGGUCCUAGCCACGAGGACUUGCUGGUGGUGCAGCGCCUGGAGUUGCACCUGCAGCACACCCAGAACAACAUCGCCGCGUGCCGCAGCGGUGUGGAGAUGACGCAGGCGCUUGCGGCUGCUGCCCGUAGCCGCGUAGCCGAGGCGGAAGCUGCUCAACAGCGGCUGCUGGCGGCGCACCCGCAGAUUGCGGCCUUACAGCCCGAGAUGGUGGCGGCGGCGGCGGCGGCUGUGGAUGCGGAGCAGCGCCAAUUGGCGGGUGUGCUUGGGGAGGCAGACCGCGCACAGAGGGCGCUGGAGGCAGCGGUGCGGGCGGCGGAGGAGGCGGAGAAGGCGCUGCUCAGGGAGCGCAUCCGGCGGCCAGGGAUGGACGGCGGCCGGGCGGAACGUGCGCAGGCGCGUAUGGCGGACCGUGACGAGAAGGAGAGGCGGCGGCUGGAGACGGCGGUCGUAGCUCGGCGCUUCCCAGUGGACGACUCAGAGCUGCUGGCGGAUGCGGUCGCGAGGGCAGCGGAACGGGGAGAGGCGACCCCCACCAACGACAUAUACCUGACAGAGCCCUUCCAGGACGAGGAGGGUCGUCGACUCGCCGACUCGCUCUAUCUGGCUGACCUCAUGUUCCAACUGGGCGGGGAGCUGGGAUUGCGUGUCGUACGAUACGCCCACAUCAUCGCUUCUAAGGAGUACGCGGAGGAGGCUGCUGCGGCCGCCGCCGCCGCCGCUGAAGCUGCCGCCGCCGCCGCGGCAGAGGCGUCUGCGAUCGCCUCCGGCGCCAUGCCGCCGCCACGCAAGGACAAGAAAAGCAAGAAGGCUGGCGGCGCCGCGGCCGCUGCCGCCGCAGCUGCGGCAGCAGCAGCCGCAGCUGCAGCCGCGGCCGCGGCAGUGGCGGAGGCCAACGGCAGCACAGGCGACCCCACGCUGCUGGCAGACUUGUACGUGCAGCUGCUGAAGAACUUGCUGGUUGACGUGUGGGAGGGUAGUGCCAUGACGCGGUGGGAGCGGCGCUGGCUGGAGGUGCUCGACGAGGGCACGUGGGCGGAGGUGCUGCGGAGGUAUGCCAUCGUGCGGGCAGGCUCCGCGAACAGGGAGCCGCUCAGCCCUGCCGCCAUCUCGGCGCUGAGCUCUCUGGGCGGUGACGACCCGGAGGCCCUUGCUGGCGGAGAGCACGUUGCCCUGUUGCUGAUGCUGAGUGAGGACCUCAUGGAGAUGGAGCGAAUGAGGAACUGGAUGCAGCGGAGGCUGGACUACAGCACCAGCGUGGCAGCGGGUCUGCGAGCGGAUAUUGCGGAAGACCGUAAGAAGCUUCGGGAGCUAGCGGGAGCGGAGAAGGAGGCCAAGAAGCGCAAGCGUGACGGGCCGGACGAGGCAGCUGCAGCUCGUGCUGGUGCGGCUGGUGGCGCCGCUGCCGCAAGUGCGCAAGCAACGGCGGCGGCGGCAGCCACCCCGGCUGCGGGUGCUGGAGGCAGCGGCGGCAAGCGUAUCAAGCUAUCGGGCGCCGCUGCGGCAGCGGCGGCAGCUCACGUCGCUGCGGCUGCUGCUGCUGGCGCAGGCGGUGAGGACGGCGGUGGUGAGGAGGAUGAGGAGGAUCCCCCAGAGCCCAGCUGGGAGCUUCCUGAGGAUUUGCGGGAGUUCACAGGGGACCCCACAGACCGGAGGGCGGUGGCCAGCUUCAGGGCCAGGUUACAGGCCGCGAAGCAGCGCAUUGAGAGGUCCCGGGCACAAUGGCAUGCGGAUCAGAAGCGGCGCAACAAGGAGCGGGACGUGCGGCGGAGGCACUUAGAGCCCGUGGAGCAGCGGGUGGCCAGGGAGAAGCGGGAAGCGGAGGAGGUGCUCAUCGCGCGCUACUGGUGGGGGCUGGCGGGCCUCAAGUCGUUGCUGCUGGUGGAGCACAGCGAGGGCGUGUGGAGCGCGAUUUCCAGCCCGGAGCAGCUGGAAUCGCUGAUCUACAGCUUGGACCCGAGGGGUAUUCGGGAGGCCGAGCUGCGCAAGGCGCUGGAGCGAAUACAGCCCGCCGUCCUGGCUGCCAUGGCCAAAGUGCGUGGCUUGGUGGAGAGCGGCGAAGCGGAGGUGGCUGCCGCCAGUCCGUACCGCGGUGCCAGCAUGCGGCAGCUAGUUGAGAGCAUAGCGUCCAUGACGGCGGCGGCGGAGACAGAGGACGUGCCGGGGCCGCCGCGGGGCUGGCGGGAUUGGCGGGAACGGUUUGUGGCAGUGGCGGAGACUGGCGAAGUGGACGCGGAAUGGGAGGCGGAGGACGCGGCGGCGGGGGAGGCACAG